UAGCAUAGCCUUUUCCGGGUGUAUAUAAGCUGGCCUGUGUAGUGAUGAGAAGUCCAUGACUGACACGUUUAAGAUUCUGAGCCUACUAUAUAAGCAAAGUGUCAAGGAACAGAGAGUGACAGAGAACUGAAGGUUGUCUCUGCACAGCUUGUCAUCUCAUCCCAGCUACUGACCAAUAACCAAGCAUGGAUGAUAUUUAUAAGGCAGCAGUUGAACAGCUGACAGAAGAACAAAAAAAUGAAUUCAAGGCUGCUUUUGACAUCUUUGUCCUUGGUGCAGAGGAUGGGUGCAUCAGCACAAAGGAGCUGGGAAAAGUGAUGAGAAUGCUGGGGCAGAAUCCGACUCCUGAGGAGCUACAGGAGAUGAUUGAUGAAGUGGAUGAAGAUGGCAGUGGCACUGUAGAUUUUGAUGAGUUCUUAGUUAUGAUGGUCAGGUGUAUGAAAGAUGACAGCAAAGGAAAAUCAGAAGAGGAGCUUUCAGAUCUCUUCAGAAUGUUUGAUAAAAAUGCAGAUGGAUACAUAGACCUGGAUGAACUAAAGCUCAUGUUGCAGGCUACAGGAGAAACCAUCACUGAAGAUGACAUUGAAGAACUGAUGAAAGAUGGAGACAAAAAUAAUGAUGGCAAGAUUGAUUAUGACGAGUUCCUGGAGUUCAUGAAAGGUGUUGAGUAAACCCCAGCAAGGGUGGGAACGACCUCCUCUUUUGAACACCUCCAGUUUUGUCUUGCACCAUUUCAUCCAUUUUCUUUCCCUUGUUAAUUUCAUGAAGGCAUGCACCGAACUUGGUGGACUGAAUAUUGUUGAAAACAUGAGCCAUUUCACCUUAAGUGCCUCAAAAAAGAAAAAGGAAAAAAAAAGAAAUUACCCUGGGGAUAUUUAUUGAGUCAGAUUAUUGUAAUCCUUUUAUUGCUGUUGGUUUCAAUGAUAAUAAUGGUUUACACUGGUCCUAAUGAAAAAUAUGCUAUAUCACAACAGUUAAAGUUUGAACAAUUCUUUAACAGUGGAGUAUGCCAUCUCUUUUCUCUUGUACAUCAUCUCCAGUUGUUUUCAUAUGAUAUGUAAAAAUACUAAGUGUACAAAAAUAAAUUCUUUUUGAAAUGCUAAUAAAAUAAA